AUGGAUGGCGAGAAGAAGGCCCAUGAGGUCAAAUCGGCCACGUCGACAGCAUCAGACGUCGGUGUCGGCGUCCACGAGGAUGCGCCUCAGAAUGUCUCUUGGGGAAAGAAGGUUCUCUAUCACCUUUGGGACGCUGAUCAGCAUCUCAAGAGCCCCCAGGAACGCGCUUUGGUUCGGAAGCUAGAUUUCGGUAUCUUGAUUUGCGCCACUCUUGGCUGGUGGAUGAAAUACAUUGACCAGAGCAACAUUACGAACGCAUAUGUCAGCGGGAUGAAAGAAGACCUGAAUAUCCAGGGCAACGAGUACACUUAUAUGCUCAUGUGCUACACCAUUGCCUUUGCUAUCAUGCAAAUCCCUUCCAACUUGAUUGCCCUCAAGAUUCGUCCUCGCUACUGCAUCGUGUUCUGCGAACUGGGAUGGACGGCUUUUACCUUCGCCCAAGCCGUGGCCCAGAGCAGCAAUCACAUGUACGCCUUCCGCUUCAUGAUUGGCCUCUUCGAAUCCGGCUUCUCGCCCAUCAUCAUUUUCCUCCUUGGAUCUUGGUACACCAAGCCCGAGCUCGCGAAGCGCGCGACGUCUGGAUUCUUGCAGGCCGGGAUUCACAAGUCUUUGGACGGGCAUCUGGGGAUGGCGGGUUGGAGAUGGAUUGAGUACGCAGUUUGCGGCUGUAUGUCACUCCCUGUUGCUCUCUCCGUGUGGUGGUUACUUCCUGAUUACCCGCAUAACACGACUGCAUGGUAUAUCACGGAGGAGGACAAGCAGAUUGCGAUGCAGCGCGCGGCGAAGCAGGGUAAGGCGGAGAUCACAGGAGUCGUGGACCUGAAGCUACUCAAGCGCAUGUUUGGGAACUGGCGAUGGUGGAUUUUGUGCUUGAUGUACAUCUUUUACGGCAACUCGUGCCAGGCCAAUAAUUACUUCGCCAUCUAUCUUCGCGAGAACGGGUACAGCGUCACCCAACGCAACGUCAUCCCGGCGUGCGCCAACCUCGUCACCAUGGUCACGGAUUUUGCGUGGGGCUUCAUGUCAGACCUGACUGGCAACAGGCCCUUAUGGAUUAUUGGUCCUCUUAUGGGCACGACUGUCGUCGGCUCUUCCAUCCUUACUGCGUACCCGCCGACGGAUGCUGCGCGAGUGGCCGGUUUCUUCCUCGUGUCUUGCGGUUAUGUUACGGCUGUUACUUGGACGUGGGCGAAUGAAGUGAACAAUGGGAACGCGGAAGAGCGUGCUUUGACGAUUUCUAGCAUGAAUGGAUUGUUCUAUGCAACCAACUCUUUCCUGCCUAUCCUCAUCUUCCCGCAGACCAUGGCACCCACUUUCGAGCGAGGCUUCCCCUCUGUCCUAUCAUUCGCGCUUGCGGCCGUGGUCUUAGUCCUCAUUGCGGACUUAUUGCAUAAGCGUCAGCUGCGACAAGAAGCGCAGGUUGCUGGCGAACAACCUGCUUCUGAGACGGUCGUGGACGGAGAAGUCGAUAAGAAGGAAAAAGAGAUGGAGGGUAGACUUUCUGGAGCUAUUGAUCCAGCCAGGAACUCUUCUAGUAUCUUUUGA